AUGCCUUCUCCUUACAACGAUUACUAUUCCACGGCCUACCAUGGUUCGCAAGGCCACAUCGAUGAUAGAAGCCUACUCUCACUGGAUCUCGACAGAGAUGGGUACGAUGCUCUGCAGCUCCCGGAACCGGCCAAAGCUGCUACACCAACCAGACCUGCCUUGAGCGCAAGACUGAUGUCAACUUGGUCCAAUGCCCAGCCUGCUGCUGCUGCACUAUCACGUAAGGGAUCUGUUCUGCACUCGCGAGCGAAGUCGUUAGCUGGUUUCAUGCCCAAGCUGAACGCAAGCACUACAACGUCUACACCGGAGAGAUUCGACGACGGCCAGCAGAGACAAUCGGUCUUCAGCAACUUGUUCAGCGGCGAGUCUGCUCCUAUCAGACUUGGUGUGCCACUCUCGCCAACCAAGGAGAAAGAAGAGAUGGACUUCGUCAUGGAGUACAAGUCUUCCUUCACGGAACGUCCCACUGGUCCAAGAAGACGAAGCAGUGCUUUCAUUCCAGCCAGUACGAACACGACAUCGCCAUCCACAAAGUCAAGCUGGUUCAGCCGCAAGUCUUCGGUACCCGCCUCUCCACCACGCAUACAAGAAGAAGCCGACGAGCUCCUCACCCUCAACCUCAACACCGCACUCUUUCCGCACGGGCCUGCCGAUCCUCUCUCGCCCCACGCCUUCAACGACCUGCUCCUGAACGCCACAUCCCUUCUCACGCGCAUGCAAACAGCGUACAAGGAUAAAGUAGAGUACAUCGCCUCCAUCCAACCCGAAAUCGACGCACAAGCUGAAGAAGCCGAGGAAGCGGAGACGCGAGCUCAGCACCUGAAAUUGCAGCUUGAGGAGCUCAGUCGGAAGAGCGAAGAGCAGAAUCAGGCUAUGCGGGAGAUGGCUGCCAUGCUAGCGGAGGAGAAGAUGAGGAAUGUGGAGAGCAGAAGUGUCAAGCUUGUGCGAAGAGGUUCUGCUGAGCAGGCGGAUGAGGAUGACACGCCUCGACGAGCAAAGAGGAGUUCAGGCGGUAGCGGCAGCGACUCGGGCUUCGAGAGCGACGUCGAUUACGCCGACUCUGUCAUCUCGGGCGGAGGACGGGAGACACCUACUAUGGUCCUCACGCCAGCCUAUGACGGGCAGGAAUGGGAUCUCGGGACUUCUGCCCUUGGCUAUCACGGCCUACGGAACGAGACGCAGGCUUCGCGACCCAGUAUGAGGGACUUGCCCGGCACGACUAUCUUUAGUGCACGGAGGGCGGGGAGUGGGGGGAGUGGGGAGGGUGCGGCGUGGGAUACUGUUGAUGCGCUGAGGGGGGAGAACAAGGACCUGAGACGAAGGGUGGAGGGGAUGGAGAGGGAGAUGCAAGGGGUGAUUGAUCUUGUUGGCGCAACCAUCAGGGGUUGA